AAUGGGAAAAGGCGAUGCACCUCCUCCAUUUACUUCAGAUAUCCCAGCGCCACCAUAUCCUGGUCCCCCUUUGGUCCACAAUGUAGUCCUCAAUAAGCCUGAACUCCAGCCUGUUGCCCAACAGUACCAGCAACCUGUUGCUCAGCAAUAUCUCCAGCCUGUUGCUCAACAGUACCAGCAACCUGUUGCUCAGCAAUAUAUCCAGCCUGUUGCUCAGCAGUAUCAGCAACCUGUUGCUCAGCAAUAUAUCCAGCCUGUUGCUCAGCAAAAUCCCCAGCCUGUGACCCAACAGGUGGCUCCACAUGUGAGGCCCACUGAUGCUCCGGGAAGAAUACAAUGUCGAUAUUGCCAGACCACGGUUGUGACGUCAACCGAAUCCAAAGUGGGCUUGUGCACCUGGUUAACUUUUGGAGGGCUUUUUAUUUUUGGAAUCUGGCCCUUCUGUUUGAUCCCCUUCUGUGCGCCACCUUGCAAGGAUGUGCAGCAUUCCUGCCCGACAUGCAACAACGUUCUUUACAUCUACAAACGCUGCUAAAGAAUAAUGUUGAAUCCUGCAUUGAGUGAAAUGUCUGCUGAACCUCUAUUAAGUUGGACUGUAAAUACAUUUAGUAAGUUUCCCCAAUGUGUUUUAACAAAUCAUUAAAAUGUGACAUAACUUUUGCUGUG